AUGGGUCCGUCCUAUAGCGUGAGCGUGCACGCGUGGGUCUUCCCGACGCGGCUGGACGCGAUCGAGGCCAUGGCGACGAUGCUCGCAGCGGAGGCGAACGACGUCAUGCUGCUUGAAACGCUCUCGAUUGAAGUACGCGGCACCAGUAUGACGGCGCAUCUGCGCUUCAACCGCGAGACAAUAACAUGCAGCAUCGGCAGCGGCAGCCUUCUCGAGUACGUUGGUGCUGUCCCGCUUCAGCUCGAUACGGCCGAGUCAUGCGCGAUGCGCGGCUUUGGGCUAGUGGCCAAAGCCGUCGAAGUCGGUCUUUACCGCAGCGUCGUGCGCGAGCGCUCGUACGACGCCGCCGUCAUGCUGCCCAUCACGUCAACACCGUGCGAGGGGCCGACGCAGGCGCGGCUCUUGCGGCACAACCCGUUUGGCAUUCAAGUGUCGUGGGUGAGCCCGGUGCAAACGUCGUCGUCGCUGCCAGGCACGGUCCUUGUCGAGCUCGCGCCGUUCUCCAAGACGUUCUGGGACCGCUACAAGGACAUGUGGUGGUUCGAGAGAGGCCACCUCUCGAUCGUGCAGCGGCUGUACCGUGUCGUGCAUCGCGGCACCUUGAGCGAGGAGCCAUCGACGAUCGUCUUGACGGACGUGCACGCGGCCGCGCUGCGUGUGACGAUCUUCAACCACGACCACGUCGGCACCUACUGCCCGCCCUACUACACAACAGUGUACCAAGGCGCCACUAUAUUGUAG